GCUCCCUACCCCUGCGGGUCCCGGCCGCGCUGCCGAGGGGGCGGGGCGGCGCGCGGGUCACUCGCUCAGGUAAACAGCCAAGAUGGCGGCGGCGGAGGCCGGCGGGACGGGCCUCACCGACCUGCCCGGGGAGCUGCUGGAGCUGAUCCUGUGCUGUGGGGUCCUGAGCGCCACCGACAUCGGCCGCGUUUCCUGCACCUGCCGCCGGCUGCGGGAGGCGUGCCAGGCCCGCGGCAAGGUCUGGCGGGAGCGCUUCCGCCUCCGGUGGCCAUCACUUCUGAAAUACUAUAGCCAGACAGACAACGUUAAUUGGCUAAAGGAAUAUAAAGCACGGCACAAUGCUGGCUUAGAAACGCAACGAAUUGUAGCAUCAUUCUCCAAAAGAUUCUUCUCAGAACAUGUCCCCUGUGAUGGCUUCAGUGACAUUGAGACUCUUGGGUGCCCGGGUCAUUUUUUUGAGGACGAGCUGAUGUCUAUCCUUAACAUGGAAGGAAGGAAGUGUCUAACCUGGAAGUACUAUGCAAAGAAAAUUCUUUACUUUCUACGACAACAGAAUAUUUUAAAAAAUCUGAAGGCAUAUCUUGAACGACCUGGGGACCAAUUGUCAUUUUUGGAAGGUGCUGUUUUAAUUGACCAGUACUGUAAUCCUCUCUCAGACAUCUGUCUAACGAGUGUCCAGGCGCAGGUUGACGAUAUCACAGACAAAGUUCGCAAAGCCCUGCGGACCAAAAACCCUAGGCAUCCAAGCUUGACUCCAAAGGCAGGAGAGGUCUUGAUUGUUCCUGAUGUGGAGUUUCAAAGACAGGUACUGGAUGCUGUGAAUUGUGUCCUGUAUGAACAGUUAAAAUACAAAGGAAAUGAGAUGGAUUACUACAACUCCUUGAAUUCAUACAUUCACCAGGUUUUAAUCCGUAGGACAGGAAUCCCUAUCAGCUUGUCUGUGCUCUAUUUAACAAUUGCCAGACAGUUGGGAGUCAGACUCGAGCCAGUCAACUUUCCUAGUCACUUCCUGCUGAGAUGGUGUCAGGGGAAAGAAGGAAGCACAGACAUCUUUGACUACAUGUACAUAGAUGCCUUUGGAAAGGGAAAGCAGCUAACUGUGAAAGAAUGUGAGUACCUGAUUGGCCACCAUGUAACAGAGGAGUUCUAUGGAGUGGUUACUUCAAAGGAGGUCUUGCAGCGUAUGGUGGGAAACCUCUUAAACCUCGGAAAGCGGGAAAGCACUGAUCAGUCCUACCAGCUCUUGAGAGACUCCUUGGAUCUAUACCUGGCCAUGUAUCCGGACAAUGUGCAGCAUCUAAUGCUCCAGGCUAGGUUAUACUUCCACCUGGGAAUCUGGCCAGAAAAGGUUCUGGAUAUCCUGCAGCAUGUUCAGGUGUUGGAUCCAUCCCAGCAUGGGGCAGUAGGAUAUUUAGUUCAGCAUACCUUAGAGCAUAUUGAACGCCGUAAGGAGGAAGUGGGACCUGAGGUGAAGCACCGUUCUGAUGAGAAGCACAAAGAUAUCUGCUUUUCUAUUGGGCUGGUCAUGAAACACAAGAGAUACGGCUAUAACUGUGUCAUCUAUGGCUGGGAUCCCACCUGCAUGAUGGGACAAGAAUGGAUUAGAAAUAUGAAUGUCCAUAGCCUACCUCAUGGCCCCCAUCAACCUUUUUACAAUGUGCUGGUGGAGGAUGGAUCCUGCAGAUACGCUGCUCAAGAGAACUUGGAAUAUAAUUUGGAGCCUAAUGAAAUCCCUCACCCUGAUAUCGGCCGCUAUUUUUCAGAAUUUACAGGCACUCACUACCUGGCAAAUGCAGAGCUGGAGAUUAGAUAUCCUGAGGAUUUGGAACUUACUUGUGCAACCAUCCAAAAGAUCUACAGUACAGUCAAGGAAUGAGCGUAACUGGAUCACAAGGACAGAAGAGAGUUUGUCACAGCUGCUGCUGUAUCCUCUUUGUGGACAGUAUUAUGGAAGCCAAUUUUCACAAUGAUCUUCAGGCUUAUGCCCCAGGAAUUGCAUCGCACUUCGUAACCUGUAAGAUCGCAUUAGUCCAAUACCCACUCAGUUACCAUCUGCCAGCACUAGUCAAUUAAUUUGGGAUCCAUUGAUAUUCCAGACAAGGCAUACUUUGAUUGUCACUUCAAGAUAAUGAAUGAAGUGUAUUAUCCCCUUGAGUGCUUGCAUUUACCACUCGUGUUUAUGAUCUAUUUUUCAUAUUUAGGAUCUGAGCAUGUUACGACUCUAGCUGGAGUCUGGAAUAAUCCCAUGUUAUGGAUAAGGAGAUUGAUCAUACUUGCAGUAUUUUUUUUUAUAUGUAUAUAUUCUGUGUAUGUGGUAGUUUUAAGGUCUCUCUGAAGUUCCACAAUAGUUUCCUCGAUUCUGAUUUUCCUCUUACCCUGAAAAUGAUUGGUGUUGCUAGCAUUCCAGUGCUGAAAUCACUUGUCAGCCUUGGCAGUGGCACUGCAACUUUCUCGAACAAGAAUCAUGAGACACCAUGUGAUGGUGAGUUCAGCAGUAACUUAAAUGGACCUCCUCCAUGUAAUGCUUCCAGCUGUUACAAACACGUCGUUAUAGAAAAUAAGAUCCUGGCAAUUUUCUCGCCCCAAUAAACUUCUUGUUGGGACCCUGAUUCCUACCUGUACUUUUUCUUCCAUUAUGUCCCCUUCAUGGUGUUGAAUUUGUGAUAUGGUCAUACAUGUAUUUUUCUACGUGUCUCCUCUUACCUGGUUGAAACUGUUAAAACUUGUCGUUUGCUAGUAGAACCAUCAUCUUGGGAUGGCAAACUGCUGAAGUCUUUAUUUAGUGAGCUGUCGUUAUCUAUACUGUCAGAUUGCGAUUGUGCCAUGAAAGCCAGUAGACACCAGCAUCUGGCAAACAAUACAUAAAGACCUUAUUUCGUAUAUCAUGAUGCCUUCUCUCUUUUGAUCAAAAGAAAACUGCCCUUUGAAGGGGGUUAAGAGGGUUAACUAUUUGUCCAAAUUCUGACUUCUGCAAGGGAGGUGUUUCAGAAACUGAGGACACUUGAAUUGUAAUGGGGCUGCCACUGUAGAGUCUGCAAAGCCUAGAAAAAUAGUACAUGGUUAUUUUCUUUUAGGGUUACAUAAGAAUUGGAUGUGAAGUUGCAAAGUAUGUACAAAGAUAUGGAAUAUCUAUUGUACUUUAGUUUCUAAAUUAAUAACUCUUGGCAGGCUGCAGUCAUUGUUUCUAAUUACCGAGUAGUUACAUAGUUAUAGAGAGAAGACUUAGUUAGAGUAAGAUGACACCCUUAUUCUUGUAACAUUUUAAAUAUCUCUGUGCACUAACGUGCACCUUUCUUUUUAAGAUAAUCAUUGAUUUGCACGCAGUCUUGUGUAAGUAAAUAACAAGCAACAGUAAAGUUGUUGUGAUCUGCAAGUUCCUCAACACUUUAGAGAGGCAGCAGAAAAAAACCUAAUAGUGCUAAUAAAAAGGAAAGAAUAAAAUUACGCUACAAUAAAUUUUCUGAUAAUCCCAGCUGAAUUGAAGGGGGAUUUAGGUACAAAAUUGUCCCUGAUUUGAGAGCAAUGUAACUAAAUCCCUGUGCAAACUCUGCAAACUUCAAACUAAACUCCAAAUCUCUGUCUCUAAGGGGUUGAAAAUGUAAUUUUUAGGGCCUAUCCUGUAAAAUUGCCCAUGCUUGGAGGGACUCUGCUAGUUGCGUAAACGAGGGAACACUGCCUUCAGUUUUAAUUUCUAGGCUGUUGUGCAUCUGACCCUUAAACAUCUAGUAGAAAGAGGCAGAUGACUAGGAGUCAGGAUUUCCAGGUUCCCAGCUCUUCCACUACCCACUGUGUGACCUUGGGCAAGUGACUUCUCUCUGCCUCACUUUAUCUGCAGAAUGGAUGGUCUAAUAUUUACCUAUAGUACCUCCCAAAGGUGUUUUGCAAAUGUUUGGAAGGCUGAAAUCCUCUGCUGAAAGGUGCUUUAUAAAUGCAAACUCUUAUUCUGCUAUUGAAUAUCAAUGGUACACGUGCAAUUAAACUCCUACACAAGCUCUGGUCACAUAGGAGUUUAUUUCAGCAGCGUGUUUGUGUGACUUGGUUUUCUUUUGCCUUCAAAGGUAACAUUAAAAUAAAAUUUUAACCUCAAGUUAUAACUGUAAAUAUGUAUUGAGACACAUUUUAAAUAUAUGCUAUAAUUUAGUGAUAUGAAAUGAGCUCUAAAGUAGCCCAUAUAGCCUGUUUGUGUACAUUUUUAUUUGGGCACUUAUAUAUUUUUUUAGAAAGUGGAUUUUGGACCUGAUAAAACUUAGCAACUGUUCUUGACCUUUUUCACAAAUUUUUGACAUCGUCCCUUGUCACACUUACUGUAUCAGUUUGUGAGGUGGAACCAUUGCAAUGUUCUGUUGGAUACAAGUUUUAAAAGUGAGUCGUGUAUAGCUACUUUUCAAACAAUUGUUCCAGUGUUAGCUUGUGUCUAUAUUAUAGACUAGGUUGAUCUUGUCUAAAGAACGGGCACAAGGUCUGCAGAAUUUUAUGGACAAAUUACUUGUGAAUCAUAGGAUCUGUAGAACAUUUCUGCAUGUCCAUGAACUAAAAAUAGCAGAAAGAUUUCUGUGCAGUUAGAAGUGAAAACCUUUGUAUGGGAAAGUUUAGCCCAGAUUGUGGUUCUGCUCUGCCGUAUGAUUCUGUAAAAAUGGCAUCAUGUGACUAUAUGUAUGUUCAGUUUUCUUUUCAUAUUGACUAAGUUUAGGAGUAAAAAGAUUAACUUUCUAACUACCAGUCUACAUACCCAGUUGGGGAUCUGAGUCAAGUUUGGGUUCUUCUUUUAGAUAUCACUAGUAAAAAAGGCUCUGUAGGGAAAAUUACAUCCUCAGUGACACUCAUGUGAUCCCAUUGCUUUCCAUGGGGUUGCAGAAAUGUAAGUGAUUGGAACUUAGUAAACAAUUCUGUUGCACAAGAAUGAAUUGCUCAUUUUUAGCUUCAUUGAUUCUGUGCAGCUAACUGGAGUAAAAAAUAGCGUGAGCUUAGUUUAAUCACUAAAGUGGUCAGAGCUCAUUUGUGUAUAUGCACAGAUCUGGUAAGUCAGUUGCCAUUUUCACAGUGACUUCUUGGAGUAGAACUGUAUUUCACUCAGAGUAUAUCUUUAGUAGAUGAUGAUUCCAAAACAUGAAAGAUCAGGGCCUGGAGGAAAAGACCAUUGACAGGAUUAUAGAUGUAUAUAGGGUCAGACUUGCUUAACUUGACAAAUCACUUCACCUAGAUCAUUUUAUUCUGAGUAAAUUACAUCCAAAGCCAAAUUCUUGAGUUAUCACUUGAUACUCCACAAAAAUCUACCUUUAGAACAAUAGUCAAAACACGUUUCUAAUUUGGGAGAAGCCUUCCAGGAUAUAAAACAGCUCUGAGAGUUGUAUCUUGUCCUAUGAAGUGUUCCGUAUGUCAUCUGUAGUAAUUAUGUACAUAUUAAAGGUACAAACAGUUUUUCCUAAAGCAAUAUUAGAGUUUAUGAACUUGCCAUUACAAAUUGUAUUAAACAGUCUCUUGGUUUUGUAGGGUUUUCAUUCUUGUAAUUAUGUUCCACUCUGUUAAGCAAUUCUACAUGUCCACUUUGUUCCUUUUCCCUGUUCAUAUUUUUAGUAGCCUAUAUCCCAUAGCAAAAUAUUACUUGUGUAUCUCCUAUUGCAACUUCUCUCAGUCUUAGUGGGGGGGAAAUGAAUGUAGCAUCUUGGUUAUUAUUAACACUGCUUGCAUACACACCUAAGCAGAGGUUAGAUUGAUCUUCCAAAACUGUCAAGAAAACUUUCUAGAAUGGGCACAAUAUUCACAUGUCCACAUUUAACACACUGAUGCUGAUGUAGGAGAAACAAAUAUUUUACUGGCCUAUGAAAAUUAAAAUUAUUCCAGGUGUGUUUUGUGAGUGCAACUCUUCGAAGCCAUGUUAGCUAUAUCAAUUAUUGGGCAUGAAAAGACACAUGGGGUUAAUCUGACUUCUAGGGAACAUCUGUCCAACUUUAUGGAUCUUGUGCAAGGAUAACUCUGGCAUCAGCAGCCCCAAACCUCCUCCACUGGUGUGUGCAUUUUGUAGAAUCUUUUCUAGGCUGCACUCUUUUUGUUUCAGAAGGACAUUGAUUCUGGAACUUCUGAUUCUCUUGAGCUCUUCUUUUUGACUGACUUCAGCCAGUAUAUACAGACAAAAUAAUAUCUAAGCUGGUCCUUUACCAGGCCUGUGACUAGCUUGCUUCUGAAAAUGUGGCAUGUUUUCCAGAGAAACUGGAAGACUGUCUUGUGUCAUCCAACUUUGCUCCAUCUCAUUUUCUCCAAGUAAAAUGGAUUUCUGUACCUGUCCAGUCUAGUAACAAAUUCUUGUUCCCCGUGGUAAAUAUAUACUCUACCUUUUUAAAAAAAAAAAAAUGCACUUCCUGCUGCAGCUAAUACUGUCCUACUCCUUUUCACCCUCUGUCUCAUGGAUAUUAGAAGGAGGCGUCAGUCCGUAUUUCAGGAGGAUAAUAGGGACUGGUGAGGUGUUAAUUGCAUUAAAAAUAUCACUUCACAAGGCUUUUGGCAAUGGAAGAUAACACAAUAAAGUAUGGAGAGGAGAAAGGAAUGGAAGGAUAAGGAGAGCUAGGGGGAAGCAAUGUAUAUUAGGUUCAUGAUUUAUUAUCUUCAGCUGGUGGGUGAUAAAUGUGAUUGGGUCACCUUCAAGCCAUAUUGGGUAAUCUGUGUGGCAAGUACUGUUCUGCCCAGUUAUCAGGUUCACUGUCUUUAGUAUGUGACUGCUCAAGUUAUGGAAGCUCUGAGCUCCAGGCACAGGUGGAACUGAUCAUCUGUUUCUACUACUCUUUGGGGUAAGUGUAAAGUCUGUUGUACAAGGUCCUGUUCUUUCCCUUACUCCCAAGACACUUAGAGACCUAACUCUUUGUGAAAAUAAAGGGCUUUUGUCUUUUUUCCAACUUUCUCUUGAGAAACUAUAAAAUGCUUGGUGCUGAAUUCUCUGAUUUACUCUUGUAUUGAUUUCUCUGAUGGGACAGGGCACUGGACACCUCAGUUUUGGAUGCUAGUACUCAAAUUGCUAUGUAACUUUUACUUCAUGGUACAUGAGGAUGAUGGCGAGUGGAUCUGAGGGAUGUUGAGACUUGCCUGCAAUGGCCUUGAUUCUUGCCAAUGUUUCACUUGUACAACACUGAAACGUAACAUUACAUAUCUCUCUUAUAACGGAUAAGGAAUGUCCAAUACCUAAUGAUUCGCGUGGUUCUCUAGGUGCUCUGGUUUUUCCCAAUUUGUAUUUCUCCUGAAUUUUUUUUUAUUCAAUGUUUGGACAACUUUUCCCGCCACGUCCUAUGGCCCUUAUGACUUGGAAAAUCCCAAUAAAAUAAAUAAUUGAUUAAAAA